AUGCCCAGGCUGAAGUCAACCCCGCGGCCCAAGUUCUCGGUGUGUCUGCUGGGGGACCAGCAGCACUGCGAUGAGGCCAAGGCGGUGGACAUCCCGCACAUGGACAUAGAGGCUCUGAAGAAGCUCAACAAGAACAAGAAAAUGCUGAAGAAGCUGGCUAAGAAGUACGAUGCCUUCCUGGCUUCCGAGUCCUUGAUCAAGCAGAUCCCUCGGAUCCUGGGUCCAGGCCUGAACAAAGCCGGCAAAUUCCCUUCUCUCCUCACUCACAACGAGAACCUGGUGGCCAAGGUUGAUGAGGUCAAAUCAACCAUCAAAUUUCAGAUGAAGAAGGUGCUCUGCCUGGCUGUGGCUGUUGGUCACGUGAAGAUGACAGAGGACGAGCUCGUCUACAACAUCCACCUGGCCAUCAACUUCCUGGUGUCCCUGCUGAAGAAGAACUGGCAGAAUGUGCGCGCUCUGUACAUCAAGAGCACCAUGGGGAAGCCCCAGCGCCUGUACUGAGGGGGCAGCAAGAAUAAACUUCUAGGA